UGUAUAUGUAUGUAUUGAUAUGAAUAUAAUCAUUAUAUUUAUUUAUAAGAUCCACAUUGAUGUGGUAAUACAUUACAAAAGAUAAUACGAAACUGGUUGAUGUUUUAUUCAUUUUUACGAUUUUAGUCUGUGACAAUAGUGAUAAAUUUAUAUGUAACUUUGUGUUAGAUUUAAGAUAAUAUUAAGUUAGAUUAGAGAGACAAAGAGCUUUUUACGUCAGCUCUUUUGUCGAUAAACUUCCAUCCUUUCGCGCCUAUAUUAUGUUCAGAUAUCAAAAAUUUUGUUUGAAUACAAACAAAACACGUCCAGGAAGCACUUAAAAUAAUUCGCGAGCCAGCUGUGAACCUUCUGCAUUUAAAUUUCUACUUCGCGUGCGAUUUAGAGCUAAAAUACUGCUAAUGAAUCAUUUUUGUAGUUUGUAUUAUCUAGAAUCUAGAAAAUAGCGACACAAACGUGUAAUCUGUGAUUACAUAUUGUAUUGUCAAAACCUAUCAAUUAUUCAAUUUAUACCCCUAUAGAUCAGGAUUUCCUAAAAAAUAAAUGCGAGUUGGAAUAGCAUCUUUUAAAAAAAAGUAUUUUACAAUUAUAAAUUAUAAUUACAUUAAAUUUUCAUGGAAUAAUUGUGUAACACUUGUAAAAAUUUGCAUAGAAAUAUCUGCUAUUUUCAAUAUAUAUAUAUAUAUAUUAUUAUGAUGAAAGAAUUAUCAUAAUAAAUCGCUUUAAAGAAUCAAAUUUUAACUGAUUUAGAUUUGGGAAAUCCUGUGAUAUAUUCUUGUAAACAAGAGGUAUUAAUACAUUACACAAAAUAUUACACGCUAAUGUAUAUAAAAUUAUAUAAUUCUUUCGGCUGAUUUUAUUGGUACUAAUACACUAUCCAGUAGACAAAUAAUAAAUAAAUAAACAAAGAACAAUAAGCUCCGAAUAUUUUUCAUGAGCUUUUCUUUAGGAAUAUAACUUUAUAGCUAGUAUAAUAAUAAAUAGGGCAUUAGUUUAUAAGUUAUGUAACGUUUCAGCUAUACAAAUAAAGUAUGCAAACAAUUUUUGUUCCUCGAUUAUAUAAUUGUGAACAUGAACGUUGCACGGAUAUUUAAGUGUGCAUAUAUGUAUAUGCGAUAUCUUGCAUGCAAAAAAGAUUUUAAAGUCCACUAUCUAUACAUGUAUCAUAACGUAUCUACUUACAUCAUGAUAUAAUACAUCAACCAGCCAAUGAUAUUGGCAGUUUUCAACGUUUAACGAAAUGAAAACUGGUGGUGUGCAUAAAAACGCGAGGUUAUAAGCUUUUGAUAGACUUUUAAAAUUUUUAAUUAUUGUAAACAAACUUUUUUGGUAAUUAUGGCACAUGAAAAUUCUUUUAUCUUGACUACUCUAAAUAAUGGAAUUCAAAAAGUAGUGCUUAAUAAACCUGCCAGGAAAAAUGCAAUUUCCAUUCCGAUGUAUAAGGAAUUAACAUCAAUAUUAAACGAAUCUGCUAAAAAUGAUGAAGUACUGAUAUUUGCAUUAACAGCAAAUGGGGAUUUCUUUAGCAGUGGAAAUGAUAUAGGUGCAUCUAUGACAAUGGAAAUAACUCCUACUAUUUUCGAAGAUGUAAAUGUAGUUUUUAAGAACUUUAUUGAUGCAAUAAUCGUGUAUCCAAAACUUUUGAUAGCUGUUGUAAAUGGACCAGCAAUAGGAAUAGGAUCCACAAUGUUAGGGAUCUUUGAUAUAGUAUAUGCUUCAGAUAAGGCAUACUUUCAUACGCCGUUUAGUUCUUUGGGUCUUGUUGCUGAAGGAUGUUCUACCUAUACAUUUCCUAGAUUAUUAGGACAUUCCAAAGCUGGAGACAUGUUGUAUCUUGGCUACAAAAUGAAUGCUGAAGAAGCUAAGAAAUAUGGAUUAGUUAGCGAAGUAUACAGUCAUGAUUCUCUUAAAGAAGUAUGGGACAAUUUGAACAACGUAUCUAAACUUUCUUCAGAGUCAAUAUUGGCAACAAAGCGAUUGAUAAGUAAAUGGAAUAGAGAGAUUUUAUUAAAAGUUAAUGAAGAAGAAACGAAAGAAUUGAAAAAACGAUUUGAGUCUUCUGACUUAAUAGAAAGACUUUUAAACUUCUUAUCACGAAAAAAUAAGCUUUAAUAUAGCUUCAAUAUAUUAAAAAUAUCAUUUUUUAUUCAAUAUAAUGUAAUAAUAAAAAUAUAAUUUUUUAAAUCCUUAAUUAGUUUAUGUACGUUGUAUUGUAGAAUUUUUAAAUAUAAAGGUUACAUAAUCGCCUGCUUCUGUUAACAUAAUAUCCUGUAAAUUUAUAUAUAUAAACAUUAACUUUUUAAACUUAA